AUGUCAAAUUAAGAUGAGUUAAAAAAGCUUAUGGAAGAAAAAAGAAAAUAAAAAAUUAAUUAAGUUGAAUUACCUAAAAAUGCUUAAUUGGUUCAAGGAAAAAUAAUUGUAUUCCAUAAUUAAUUAUUAUUUAGUGUGUAGAAUGUGAAUAAAUUAAUGAGACUUUUGCAGAUUUUAAAAGACAUCUAAUUGGCUAAAGACAUAAAGAUGCUUUAUAAGUAUUGAAAAGAAAUGCUUAAAUAGAUGUAAAUAAAUUAGAGAAUGAAGCAUUUCCAGAAUAAAAAAUAAGAAAAUAAAAGUUAACAAGACAAUAAAUUGAAAGAAUAAAUAAAGAAGUAGAUUAAGAAUUUGCAGAAAUUGACUAAAUCACAUAUGAAAAGAAGUAAUAAAAUGAAUUGCCUGAAGAUUUCUUUGAGUAAAUAUUCUUUAUAUAAUAUUAGUUAAAUUGAAAUAGAAACUAAAAUACAAUAGCAAUUAUAAGAAGAGUAAGUAAAGAAAAUUAAAGAAUAAAAUGAAGUAUUGGAUGAAGAUAUAGACAUAUUGAAUGAGAAAUAUGAUAUUCAAAAAAGAAGAGAAAAGAUUUUAAAGAAUAAAAGUAUGAAAUAAAAAAAAGUUGAACUUUAAUUCAAUGAGGAAGAACCAGUCGAAACAAAUUUUUAACUAAAUUGGAAAUAAAAAAGUAAUAAUUGA